AUGAAGCGCAAAGCCAUCCUGCCAACAGCCAAGAAGACCACCAAGAAACGCAGCCCACUCCCUGACUCGAGUGAAGUUGUCGUCGAGCAGAUUGUAGAGGCAGUUGUAAGCCUCAACCUAAACCUCCCCCUGAUGCCUUUGACCGAUACACUCACCUGCGACUCGAGCAGCAGCAACGAGUCUAGCACAAGCAUGGCUGUGCAGGUCUUCACACACAGUGAGACCACCACCACCAGCACCGCCAGCAGACCUCCUGAACUGACCUCCGCUUUGCCUGACAGCACCAGCUCAACGUCCAACUUGCCACUUACCAUUUUCAGUCCAUCACCACUACCACCGCCACCAUUCAUCUGUUCAUCUGGUCCGCCGACCAGUAGCCAAACAGCACCUGCCGCCGGAGGAGGAGGAGGAGGUGGUGAGCAGCAUUUUCAGAACAAUCAGCAUUUCUUGAGCUCGUGUUCUCUGGUGAACACUACAACUAACAACUGCAAUGGCCGAAGUGAAAGCUCAGAAGGAGUGGUGAACAGCAGCGAGGUGGUCAGCUAUUCGAGCCACCACCACCAAACAUUUGCCGGUGGACAGGCACAGUACCAGCAGCAGCAUCAGCAGCAGGAGUAUCGCGCCAGCAGUAGCACUGAGAACGACGGUAGCAGCAACAGCAGCUUCGAAAUGACCAACCGCUCUUUGAUCUUUCAGUCGUACGAGGGCGACGGGAACAACAACUGCUGCUACCCGAACACGCACCAGCACUUCAUCUCCAAUGAAGAGCUGGAGCAGUUCCUCGAUCCGUACUACUUUAUACGUAACCUUCCUCCGCUGACGCCGGAGAUGCAGGUCCGCUCACCAGUGUUGCCUCUCAAGACGAGAAGCUCUCCGGAGUUCACCCUCGUCUUGGAUCUCGACGAAACCCUUGUGCACUGUUCACUGACCGAACUGGAGGACGCCACCUUCUCCUUUCCUGUGAACUUUCAGGACUGCGAAUACCGCAUCUACGUUCGAACGCGGCCAUUCUUCAGGGAGUUCCUGGAGCGCGUCUCACGCAUGUUCGAAGUCAUUCUCUUCACUGCCUCGAAGAAGGUCUACGCUGACAAGCUGCUGAAUCUCCUCGAUCCGGAAAGAAAGCUGGUCAAGUAUCGACUGUUUCGCGAACACUGCAUUUGUGUUUGUGGAAACUACAUUAAGGACCUGAAUAUUCUGGGCCGAGACCUGUCACGUACCAUCAUCAUCGACAACUCACCACAAGCCUUUGGCUACCAGCUGGAGAAUGGUAUUCCCAUCGAAAGCUGGUUCAUAGACAAAAAUGACAGUGAGCUGUUGAAACUGUUGCCCUUUCUGGAGAAUCUGAUCAACGUUAAUGAAGAUAAUGAAGAUGUACGUCCUCAUAUCUGCAAUCGCUUUCACGCGGCCUAUGCUAGUCAGCUAAACUGUUCUCGCGUCGAAUGA